GGAAGAACAUGAUGUGGUCAACAUAAAGAUUGCGAUUCUCUCUGCGUCCAAGUUCACGGAAGUGCUCCAAUCGGAAGAAGAACAUGAUAUUUGCCAGUCUCUCUGAGUGAGACAGAGUAUGGGUUCUUUGCCCAAGUACGAAGAGAUGUCUCAGCCCGGGAACAAGGAUUUGCGAGCUAGGUUCACCGAAGGGAACUCCUCCGCCGGGACCUCCGGGCCCAUGGUGAAGAAGCUCCGGGUGGCAAAGAAGGCCGCUGGGACACCAACCAAGUCCCCUGCAAAGGGGAAAGACCAGACCCCAGCUCCCCAGGCCAAGGUACCUCCACCUCCUGUAGCAAUGGAGAAGAUGCCCCCGCACCCUCCACGAACUCCUGCCUUCGUUCGGGAUAUGGAGAUGGAGCCUGGGACUUUGGUAGCUGUUGCCACCGAGGUGCGCAUUCCGGUGGACCCCCAGGCCUUGGAGAAAAUUCCUGACGUCUUUCGGGGGACGGUGUACGAGACGGCGACCUACACCGUCGACCACUACUUCGGGGCCACCGAAAGGGACCUACGGGCAAUCGAGACAAGGAGCCCGGAGAGUGUGAUGGAGUCUUCACCGGGAAUGGCUCUAACGGGCGCUCUGGCUCUUCACCGGAGCAUAUCCAGGUCUAAGGCUCGGCUCGAGGACAUGAGGGGCAAGUACCAGGCGGUUUUGACCGCCCAUCAAAUGACCUUGGCCGCCCUGCAAGCGGCCCAACAGCAGGAAAAAGAGGCCAAGGAUGCCAUGGCGGCCUUGCAGGCUGAGCUGGAUGCAGCUCGUCCUAAGCUUCAAGAGGCCGAGGCUACCAAGGCCGCCCUUGCUGCCGUGAUGGCUGAGUUGGACUCUACGAAGACUGGAGCCGAGGAGGCUAAGGCCGCCCUGGCAACGGAGAAGGAAGCUUCUAGCUCUGCCAUGGAGGACAUGCUCUACCAUUGUUGGGUCUUCAACUCGGACGACGACUUCUCCUUUUUAGGAGUGGACUGGGAGGACUUCCGGGAAGGGUUCAAAGCUCACCUCCAGCAAGAGGCGCCUUCUGAGACUAGGGAGGCCUCCACAGUGGCCGAGCAGGAGGGCGAGACGGCGACCUCAAUGGAGCAGCCCGGUGGAGCCUAGGGCCUUUCAUUUUCUUUUUACACAUAUAUAUAUAUAUUGUAACUUUGUAUGAGGUUUUUUCACCUCGAGACAACUGGUUUUAGUCAA